CAAAUGUCAGUUGUUCUUCGUAUUGGUAUGUGAAUUGUGAUGUCUUUGACGCGUGUUGCGAGUGGUGGUUUGUAGUAGUGUGAGAUAAAAUGGCAGAAAAUGGACGAGAUAUUCUCGAACAAUCCAAAACUCCAGUGGUAAUGGACCAGGUUGUAGCACACACAAGGAGGCAACCUCCUGAAAUAGACUUGGUGAUGACCAGUGGCAAAGGAAAGGGCCUCCGAGUUAUAGCAGAUAAAGAGGCGAGGCUGCGAUGCGUAAAGGAUCGUCAAAAUGAAGAAAGGCAGAAGAAACUGGAGGAAAUCAAAGCACAAGCUCUUGCGGCACAAAGAUUCAAAGAACAAAAAGAAGAAGAGCGACGAAGGCGUCUAGAAGAACUUCGUACAAGGGACGAUGUUAGACGGCAACAGGUGGAAGAGAGAAAAAGAGCAAUAAACGACGCGGAAAGAGACAGAUUGGAAUCCAUCCUAAGAAGAAAUCAAGAAAGAGAACAAAGAAUCGAAGCUAAGAAACGAAAUGAAAAGAGUAACAUUGUUUUUGCUUUCGGUUCUUCCACGCCUAGGAUGCUAGAUCCAACGGAUUUGUCAGUUUCCUUUUGGGGUCAGAGGAGAGCUACUUCAAUACAGAAUAUCACGUGUUCGACUUCUUCGUUGACUCGAAGGCAGUCUGAAAGGGAUCUGGACGUCGGAAACAAAAAAAGGGCUACAUCAGCCACCGGACUUGAACGAUCUGGCGAAAGUAGCAUACCAAUAACACCAGCCGGUUGUGCGAGUGGAUAUACAGGCCGCAGGCGUACGGACCUCGUGCCUACCAUUCCGUCUAGAGAUUCGUCGUUCAGCUCGUCUCGAAAAUCUCUGAACCACUCACCAGGUAGGGCUUACUCAAUGUCGCGUUUAGACCAGCUUGCCAAGCCGCGCAGGAGGCCCGAUUUGCCUUCGCUGGCUGAAACCUCCCCCAACCCCCGGCCUUUGUCCUCCCCUCGCAUUUCCUCUGUUACCCGUAGCAUGAGCCACUUAGCCGUAAGUAAGUCAGGACCGUCACCAACUAGGAGACCACUGAGUAAGGCCGACAGCCGCAGCAUGCACCAUUUGUCGGGCGAUGGUGCCCUUUCGGCACCGCGCACCACGCGCACUACUCAAUUGAGGGAGCAGAAAUUACACGUGUCCUCUAAUUGCAGCGAGGCAUCAUCAAGACCAAGCAGUUCCCUUAGUCAGCAGAGCACAAAUAGUGUAACGAGUUCGGUAAGCGUCAGCAGGCGUCCAGCUGCUACACCGAGGAGACCAAGACCUGCUAGCAUUGCUGUUACUGGUAUAACCCACGACCUAAAAAAUUCAGACAAAUCAGCGGAAACCAAACCACCACUUCCUAAAACAAGGAAAUCUAUAAGUAGAACACACGAGAAAUCCCAGUUGAAGAAUAAAAUUAAGUCGCCUGUAGAUAGCAUUCCGAAAGAGAAGAUAGGUGUCAGUGUAGCACAGAAUGUUGUAAACAAGGCGGCGAAUGAUGAGGCGCAACAGAAACCACCCGAUACAGCACCUGUAAUCCAGCAGAAGCCAACAGUAGAAGACGGUCCUCCAGAAAAAGUAGAAAAAACAGAAGAGGUUCAACCAAUACAGCCAAGUGUUACUAAGGAAAAUUCUGAAGAAAAUGUACCGGACUCUGAAAAGAGUGAUAUAGGAUUAGUUGCAGAGAAAGUAUCAGAACAACCCGUGACAGAUUUGAAAGCAGCAGAAGUCAUAGAAGAGAAACCUUUAGAAGUUAAAACAGAAAAAGAAGAAAAAAGGGAGGAGAUUAAGACUGAAGAAGUAAAGGCAGAUCCUCAAACCGUAACUGCAGAGGAAAUAACAACGGAUAACCUGACAAAUGCAGAAAAUAACGAAAUGACUACGUCCAUAACAAAAGUACGUAUUAAUACCGAAGAAGAAGCAAAGGCUGCUUUAGCCGAAAGAAGAAGAUUAAUAAGGGAGGAGGCAGAAAGACAAGCUGAGUUAGAAAGGUUGCGUAUUGAAGCCGAAGCUAAAGCUGAGCUGGAACGACAACAAAGAGAAGAAGAACAAGUACGGCAGUUAAUAGAAUUACAGAGACAAGCAGAACAAGAGCGAUUAAAAGAGGCAAUUAGAGAAGCACAGAAGAGAGAGGAAGAGGAAAGGUUAAAGAGGGAAGAAGAACAGCGGUUGAAGUUAUUGAAAGAAGAAGCGGAGAAGAAAGCGAGAGAAGAUGCUGAAAGACAGAAAGCUGAACUACAGGAAAGGCUAAAGAAUGAAGAGAAAGAGAGAGAAGCACGACGUAAAAGGGUUGAAGCUAUCAUGCUCCGUACCAGAGGGAAGAAUAAUGCCAAUUUACCAUCACAACAGAGUACAGAUGAUAAAAAUGAGAAUAAGUCUGAAGAAGAAAAUAAGGUGAACGAAGAAAAUAAGUUGAACGUGGAGGAAAAAUUAAAUGAAGAAAAUAAAAAGAACGAUGAUAAUAAGUUGAAAGAGGAGAAUAAGGUAAAUGGAACAAAAAUUGUUGAUCAGCAAGAAAACGGUACAACAAAAAAUGGUAAAGACGUGGAUAUUGUUGAUAAUAUAAUUCCAGCGGAAAUAGUAAAGAAUGCAAAUACGGUUGCGAUAGAAACAAUGAAUAGUACUGAUACUAUAAAUUCAAAUAAUUCGUGGCAGGAUACGCAACAGUAUGGUAAUUUUGUGUGUAAUAACAAUAGCUGAAGAAAAAAAUUUAUCUGUAUUUUUCAGAUUCAUUGAUGUGAGAAACUAAUUUGUAGUUAUAUAUAAUUAUAUAAUAAUUUAAUUAAUUGAAUUGAUACAUAGAAAUGCCCUUAUUCUAACUUAUUUGAUAUAUUAUGCAUGAUUGUAUACACUCUAUUAAAGUGAGCGCUUAUAUACAGCCCUAGUACAAGUUUUUGUAAGAUGUUCCAAAGAUUAAUAAAGAUUUAUCAUUUGUUCCCAAAAA